UUUAUUUCGUAAUAAAGAUAUGGAUUUCAUUCUCAAAAAUCUUUCGCAACAAAGAGCAAGUAAAUGUGGUACUUUUUAGCAUUACAGAUUACGCAAUACAAUGCUUCAUGUUCAACACAAAAUAUGACAAUAUAAUUGCACACUCUCGAUACUGUCUUUCUUCACACUCGCGGAACAGAGAGACUCGCGGGUGUGUGUGUGUGUGUGUGUGUCUUCCCACGCACCCCUCCCCCGCCUCUCCGCUCGCUCUGCCCAAAAAAAUGUGAAACCAAAUCCGAGCAGCAGGUCACAGAGCCUAGUUAUUUUAAAACCCAAUACUCAACUACCUCGACAGGACCAUGGAAGUAACGCGGAACGGGCAGUUUAAAGAGAUAACCGUCGCCUUGAGAGAUACAGAGUAAAAUGAGGGAGCGCCACAACGCUCGUUUAAUGUGUAUUGUUGUUUGGCUGCUCGUGCGUUUCCAAUGUCUCUGCCCGUAGUUCUGCCUGGAUCUUGUUGUCGUUUAUCAGGGGCUGCUCUGGCCCAUCAGCUCGCAAACGUAUCUUACAGAAGUCGCAGCCGCUGUGUGUCCGCUCUUCCGUCCCGUAUGUCUGGAUCGCAGACGCGGAUCAUUCCGGCGCUGCUGCCCGCACGCCCUCUGCUCUCCCUCGGCUUGCUGCAGCUGGUUCUCGGCUGCUCCAUGGUGGCGCUCUCUUUCGGGGCUCUGUCCCUUAGCAACUCGCCCCCUAUUAGAAACUCCUGUCCGUUUUGGGCCGGGUCUUCUGUCAUCCUCUCUGGGAUUAUAGGACUAACCACAUGGAAACGGCCAAUGCUACUGUUGGUGAAUCUGUUUGUAUUGCUGUCAGUGGUCUGUAUCCUGCUAAACCUGGCAGGGUUCAUCCUCUGCUGUCAGGGGGCUCAGCUGGUCUCCAGUACCAUUAACUGCCAGCUGAGUGAGCAGGGCGAUCUCUGUUACUGUUGUUCAGAAACUCCGAGCACUCAGUGUCAAGAGGAGAAGCUGAUUAAGAUCUACGCAGGUCAUGCAUGUGGCACAAUGAGAAUCCUGCUCAAGAAAGUGCUCUUUGCUCUGUGUGCACUGAAUGCUUUGGCCACAGCUGUGUGUCUGGUUGCUGCUGCACUCAGAUAUCUCCAGAUCUUCUCAACCAGACGGCCCUGCAUGGAAGAGGCCAGGCCUGUUCCAGAGGAAGUGGAGGAGCAAACUCAUCUUCCUGACCCUGAUGAAUUUGUAGCUCCUGCACCUCCCCCUUCAUACUUCUCCACCUUCUACUCUUACACCCCUCGCCUGGCUCGCAGGAUGUUUGGUGACGGUAUGAUUCCUCUCCCUCAUAUAUACGGUGCCAGAAUUAAAGGAGUAGAGGUCUUCUGUCCUCUAGACCCUCCUCCACCUUAUGAAGCUGUUGCAUCACAGCCAGCAGCUCAGGCCCAGAAUACUGAGGUGCAAAUGACCGAUCUGACCGAGGUCCUCACAGAGAGUGCAGAGACGGAGAUGCCCAGUGAUGACCGAAGCUGUCAGACAGCCAUAUUGAGCCCCACACCCCCGAUACAGUCCAGACAGCCUCACACCGCAGUCUCCUCCAGCAGAAAACCUCACAGAACUCGCCUCCGCAGGUCCAACAGUGACCCCGUUCUGCUAGACCUGACUGCCAAAGUAAUGAGUUGUGAAGCAGCCACACAGACAGAAUUAGGCUCUGGUCCAGCGUCAGUGACUGGAACAGCGCAUGGGACGGUUACGCUACGACGGGGCCGUGGCAAACGGAAGCCUCGACCCAACUCCAUGGUGGAUUACCAGAACUAUAAAGACACAAAACUGCUGGUGGCACGCUUUCUGGAGCAGUCCUCAUGCAGCUUGACCCCUGAGGUACAGGAGCUGGUCAACAGCAUCAAAACCGUGCUGCGCUCCGAUGAGGAACACAUGGAAGAGGCCGUUCGCUGUGCCAGCUUCAUUGAUCAGGCCAUCACAGUUUCAGAGGUUGCCCCAGCUCAAUCCACCCUCCACAGAAAGGUGCAGACGGAGCUCACCUCAAACACGCUGCCGCUGCGCAAACGGCCCGGCAUCCUUCACCUGCGCAGCUGUGGCGAUCUCAGCUCCUUCACCUGGGCACAGCUGCAGACAGGGCCGGAGCGCAGGACAGGCACUCAUUCUCGAACUAAUUCCAGGAUGGGCUCUCGGGCAGGAUCCCGCCGCCUGGAACAGGAACGCCCACACAGCCUUAUAGGAGUCUUCCGAGAAACUGUCCUCUGAGUGACGUCUCAAACGGACUGUAUAAGCGUGGAAAGAGAGGAAACAGACUCUGCCCCAGUCGGGUGAAGGUAUAAUGAACACCACAAUUUGACUGAAGAUAUAGAGCACAGAUGAUUUCGCUUCAUUUUUAAAACAUAUUUGUUUUUGUUUUCAGUGUGUAUACUGAAUAUUAUUCAUUUUUAAUUUUACAGUUGGAAUUCCAGCUUUUGCUUGUUUUUAUUUUUUCACAUUAUUAUAAUAAAACACUGGGGAAAAAAAAAAAAGUUUAUUUACCAAAUGCCCUUGUUCCUCAUGUAAAAAUGAUUUAAACAUUUAAAAAUGUGAAAAAUACAAUAUUAAUAAUCAUUAUAUUAAGAGAAACAUGCAAAUGUAUGAAUAUAUUUAGCUUAUGUGAUGUGGAGAAUUACUCAUUGCUGAUUAAAUCAGUAUAUUGUGAGGUAGAGGAUGAAUUUGUAAAUUUUUUUUUUUUUAAUUUUAUUUUUAUUUGACCAUUCUGAAUAUUAUUAUUUCUCCCAAGAUGUUUUUCAGAGAUGUACUGUGCAUUAUUACUGAAUAUGAGGAGGCUCAUCUGAAUUGUAUGGGUUAAACAUACUAUCCAAAUUCCCACAAGAUUAAACAUGGUUUUAAAAAUAUUUUGUCUGUUCAAAAUAUUGACAUUCGAACAUGUAGAAUAAACUUUUCUAAUUAUAUGCUACUGUUCAGAAGUUUGGUGCCAAAAAGAUUUUUUUUAAAAGAAAUUAAUACUUUUAUUCAGAAAGGAUGCAUUAAAGGGACGGUUCACCCAAAAAUGAUUAGAACACAUGCUCUGACACAUUUAGCUUUGGUGCUCAAGUGGGUGAUUUGAGUUUGAAUCCAGCUUGCAACAUUUAAAGGGAUAGUUCACACAAAAAUGAAAAUUGUCAUCAUUUACUCACUCUCAAGUUGUUCCAAACCUGUAUGAAUUUCUUUCUUCUGUUGAACACAAAAGAUAUUUUGAAGGAUAUCGCUAACCAUACAGUUGAUGUCCCCAUUGUCUUCCAUAGUAUAGAAAAAAAAUACUAUGGAAGCUGUUUGGUUACCGACAUUAUAUUGCCGACAAAAUAUCUUCUUUUGUUGUUCAUCAGAAGAAAUAAACUCAUACAGGUCUGGACCAACUUGAGGGUGAGUAAAUUAUGACAGAAUUUUCAUUUUUGGGUGAACUAACCCUUUAAAUUUAUAAUUUAAAUUUUAAUGUUAUAAAAGUUUCAUAUUUCAAAUACAUGCUGUUCUUUUGAACGUUCUAUUCGUCAAAGAAUCCUAAAAAAAUGUAUCUACAACAUGGUUUUCAUAAAAAUAUUAAGCUGCACAACUGUUUUCAACACUGAUAAUAAUAAUAAAUGUUUCUGGAGUAGCAAAUAAGCAUAUUAGAAUGAUUUCUGAAGGAUCAUGUGACACUUGAUGCUGAAAAUUCAGCUUUGCCAUCACAGGAAUAAAUUGCAUUUUAAAAUAUAUUAAAAUAGAAAACAGUUUUUUUAAAUUGUAAUAAUAUUUUACAAUAUUACUGUAUUUUUGAUGAAAUAAAUGAAGUCUUGGUGAGCAGAAGAGACUUCUGUAAAAAGAAACAUGAAAAAAAUCUUACCGACCCCAAACAUUUGAACAGUUUUGGAUGAUGAUCAUUAACUGAAAAUCAUGCUGAGCUUGUGCGAGAUGAAAGAGACAUUCUAGUAGUAUACGCUCUCAGUAGUUGGUUUAAUGUUGUAAAUACUGUUACAAACAUUCCUGCUAUGGUAAAGGAAUGUGUCUAAAUAGUUCAAUCACAGAGAAGCUAGCAAAUAAAUAAACAUUGCUAUUGCUUUACAGAAA